AUGUCCGGCGGCUGGUCAACGGCCGUGUUCGGCUACCAACUGUGGGCCGCCCGGACGUCCGACGAAGGCCGCUGCCUGGUGCGCUCCUUCCUAGCUCGGGGCCAAGGCGAUGCCUGCGAGGCCGUGCCGGGUACGGGAGAGCUCGUCGUGACUGCUCCCGGCCGCAGGCGCGAUUGCGAGCUGACAAGAGUGUCUUGCUGGUCGAGCGGGCUCGAGACGCUCGCGCUCCGUGCCGGGAACGCAGUGUACACUUGGGACGAGGAGAGCGCCACGUUCAAUACUGCAGCCAGAGAGGUGGCAGCCGACGCCUCGCAAUGCACCGUGCUCGAUGGUCCGACGUUGGUCCAGCUAACGCCUGGCCGCUUGCUGCUCGAGCCUCUGCCGCUAACGGGUGGCCCUUCUGUCACGAUAGCCUUGGAAGAACAAAAGUCUGUCCAAGCCAUCUUGUCUGGUACCAGCUGCCAGGUAGCGAUCACUGGAGAGCCCUGUGAGCCACACUGGGUUCUUCUCUGUGUCCUGGCACUAAGGGAAGGCGCAUGCUUUGUUGCGGCUUCUGGCACUCGGACAACCCAACUGGGGACAAUGUUGUUCCUGGGCUCUUUGUACGAAAGGUCCCAUCUCACCGCUUGCCUUGUCACACUACCUUCAGAACACAGUGAUGCACCGGUCGCGUCCUGGGACCAGCUCAAGACAGUGUUUCGUGAUAAUGUGACCGUUGCGUGCACUGCGUCUGGUUCAGUGCUGGUGAUUGAAUCCGGCUGUCCCCGUUACCGGUGCCAGCUGCCGUCUGUGGAUGUUGCACGGUUGCAAGGGAGCUUCUUUUGCGGCAGCCUGGACUACAUGCUCAUCUGGUUCCGCUCCGGUGGUGGAGCAGUGAUUUCCCAGGAUGCGAGUGGGCGGUUCCAGUUGGGUGACCGCAUCGAACCUGGCCCCGAGAUUUCCUGCGGGGACCUGUUGGGCCUAGGCAGCGAGCAGGUUGUAGCAUGGGAGCCAGCGAGUAGCCGCAUCCGCUGCCUGCAGCCAAGUCAGUUUGCGGUGCAAGACGAAAGAGAAGAGGAAGCCACCGCUGCCAGUGGCCAGGCCUCUCAGGUCCUAGUCGACCUACUGCAGCACUACUCGGGCGCGAGCCAGGCAGCACUUGAAAAGCUCAGAAGAGCACGGGAGCAGGCAGAGUUGCUUUUGCACGAGACCACUCGGCCGUCGUUGGCCGCUGACAGCAGCCCUGUCAGAAACACAGCACUUCUCCCAGUACUUCCAUUGGAGCAGCAGCCAGCGGAAGAAGUGGAACAAGCAACACAAGUGCCGGAAGAAGCCAAACUGCUGGAUUCCUGGAUUCACGUCUGGGGUCGUCGUCUGCUACUGGGAUUCCGCUUCAGCCGACUACCUGGCAUGGAGCAUCCGCCACCUGCUGUGCUCGUAGUGAGCCCAGGAGUCACGUUCGGCGUCAGGACGUCGCUCGAGGAGGACGCGCUGGUGGUCGGCGCCAGCUGCUGCCUUCCUAGUGGUGCUGCUGGCCCCAUCACAGUCUGCGUCCUUGGAGGCACCAUGUUGAGGCACCAGUGCGAAAUAGACGUGCAGCAGUUACUGUGGUCCAAGCAGAGCCGGGUACCACCACGGCUUGCCCUCUGGUCGCUGACCGCAGGGCAGCCCAGCCGCCAUUUCUCCACCUCAACCACAGUAUUCAGGAGGCUGUGUUCCCUGGAUGGCCUGACGCGUCUGUACAGCGCUUUCUACAUCUGCUGUGACGGAGCCUCACCCCUCUUUCAGGCAAAUGUGGAGCUGCUACCUGAAGGAGUGCUCUGCCUUCGCGCACAGGACGAGGAUCAGCUGUCACUGUUUGAGCAGUGGCUGUGGCGGCAGUUGCCGGGCGCCAAAGAGAGCAUGACGCGAGUGUGUUCGCCGGCUGUGCAAACACGGCUGGCUACCCUGCUUCGUUCCGAGGUGCAGAGUGUGCGGGCACUGCUGCACGAGCCAUACGCGGAAGCCCGUCGCUCACUUCAGAACACCGAGUGGCGCACGGACUUCCUGGCACAGCUGGUCACAGACAAAACCUGACGCCUUCUGGUUCACAGUUUUGCUCUUGAGCUUGCAACAGCACUGCUUGUCAUGCAAACAGCCAUGCUCCAGCUAAUUCAGCAGAUAUAAACUGUACUCGGUGACAACCUAAGGAUUCAGUACAAUCUCCACCCACAAAACUGUACUGCAACUGCCCUCUGUGCCUUUCCACACUCCAAAACACAACUAGUGCUGGUAGACACUGAUAACAAAAGAACUUCACCUCCACGGCAACAUCACAUCGAUGAUUGAACAUGAAUGGCUGGUGCAUUUCUAUAAAGUAUCCUCGAGCUGGACAGCAGUGUUUUUAACUCGGCACAAGACCUCAGGUUGACACUGACUGUAGCACUUAGAAAUGGUAUCUGAAUGCACCGGUCCAUAAUCGCAUGUAUAACCUACUUCAAAAAUUUAAGAACAAAGGUGAUAAGCAAAUCAUAUGCAAUAUUUUGCCCAUAUUGUAAAGCAAUGCUUUGCAUUGCCGUGAAAGUCAUAGGAAUCUUUAGGUAUGUUACCAUUUUCUGAGGACGGCAUGUGAAAAUGCUUAAGCGAGCCCUCAUUAUCCCUCCACAUGGUGAAGCGUCACAUUGGGCUUGCACGCUGAGCUGCCAAGUUGAAAAGGCAAGGCAAGGCACUUCUCACAGAUGGAUGGGUGUUAGAAGCAGCCCCAGAGAAACCUGGUGGCCUCCAAGCCAAGCUUAUUCCACUGGGUAAACUUGCCACUACCGAGAACAACCUACUAUUCUAUUAACUUUACAUGGAAUUGGAAUUGACUUGAUUCUUGCCACGUGGUACACUCAAUUUCCACACCAACCCUUGCUCUUUGGUCUACCAUCAGCAGUAUUACAAUUGAUGGCCCAGUGCUACGGUUGUUCAAGCUUCUCCAGAAAUUGAUUUUCCUACAAUUUGGCACAGCUUCAUUGAAGUUAUUCUUUCAGGUUGAAUUGUUGCUUUCUAUAGCCACACAUUUCUCAAGAGUGGUGAAGUGUUCACAAAUAGUGCAUAUUGUCGUGCAAUUCCCAGCAAAGUCUCGACUUUUUCCAAUACUGUGUGUGUCGCCAAACAUAGACAAUGUCUGGGUUGACUUAUUCACCACAAACAAUAGGUGAUGACGAAAACGUGGCGCCUGUGACUCGUUUCUGCUUCCGGUGCGUACAGUUAGCAAAAGCAUAGCCUUUAAGAUCUGUUGCUCAGAGGCAACCAUCGCUGUGACGUGAAUUUGGGCACCACUUAUUCUUUACAUUCUAAUCAAUAGGUGAGGCUAAUUGUUUCCAUGCAACAAGCUUCCAAUGACAAAUAAGCUUCAAGAAACGUAAUUUUACACAAAGGUCUUUUUGAAACCAGAAAGACAGUGUACCACUAUAUACUGGCUGCAGAUGUAAACUUCAAUGCCAUGUUUCCCCAUAACAUUCAAACCAUAAUUAGCAGCAUGCCUGGAAGCUCCCGUCACUGCUGCUGCUCUUGCAUAUGCUUGAAAACAUCUACUCGUUGCAGCAGUAAGUUGGAAUCUCCUGUCUAGCAUGUUCUCAUUGAAGAAUACCUCGGCUAUCUGUCCUGCUGCAAGUGUUGCUCACAAAUGCAUUAAAUGUUUGUUUGUUCGUUUUUUAACACACACAUCAUCCCUUGUAUCCUUGAUCACAAACCUCAGCGCAGUUGUCAAGCAAUUAUGUUUCAGCUGUGGAGCGGCGACUGCCAUGCAACAUUUGCGUCGAAACCCACAACAUGCACACUGUAUGGUUUCACAUUACCGCCGCAAUUUCUUUUUCGAUUGCUAAACAAACUUUAGGUAGACAUGUUCUUAAACCCUGAACUUUGGCCCGGUAAUGCCCAACGUAGUAUAUAUGUUACGGUGCCUAAAAAAUUCUAAUUUAAGCACGGCAAACUCAACGCAUAGCCUAUAGUAGUGUUUUCGAUACGUUAGAGCAAGCUCACCACUUGUUGAUAUUCCAGCAAACCAGUUAUUAUUAUACCAAAUUAUUUUUACCUCAAAUAAAAUUUUGCUGUGGCUUUAUUUUUUUUUUACAAAUGUACUUUUCAUCGCCAGAAAUAAAGGUCAACAAUUUUUCUUCGUUUUC